ACCUCCAUCAGCCGCAUCACCAUGGGAGCAGCGCUGGGCGUCUUCUCCCUCGCCAGCUGGGUUCCAUGCCUUUGCGGUGGUGCAUCAUGUUUGCUGUGUAGCUGCUGCCCCAACAGUAAGAAUUCCACUGUGACUCGCCUCAUCUAUGCUUUCAUCCUCUUCCUGGGCACUAUUGUAUGUUGUAUCAUGUUUCAUGAAGGGAUGGAAACUCAGCUGAAGAAGAUUCCUGGAUUCUGUGAUGAAGGACUUAAAACCAAGGUGGCUGAUACAAUCAUGGAUAAAGAUUGUGAUGUGCUGGUUCGUUAUAAAGCCGUAUAUCGAAUCAACUUUGCCUUGGCCGUCUUUUUCUUUGCCUUCUUUCUGCUCAUGUUAAAAGUGAAAACGAGUAAAGAUCCCAGAGCAGCGAUACACAAUGGGUUUUGGUUCUUCAAAAUUGCUGCUAUUGUUGGGAUCAUGGUUGGAUCUUUCUAUAUCCCUGGGGGCCACUUCACCACAGCCUGGUUUUUUAUUGGCAUGGUGGGGGCUGCCUUCUUCAUCCUCAUCCAGCUGGUGCUGUUGGUGGACUUUGCUCACUCUUGGAAUGAAUCAUGGGUAAAUCGAAUGGAAGAAGGGAACCCAAGGUGCUGGUAUGCGGCUUUACUGUCUGUCUCAAGCAUGUUUUAUAUCCUGUCAGUCAUCUCUGUCAUAUUGCUCUACACAUACUACAGCAAACCAGAUGGCUGCACAGAAAACAAGUUCUUCAUCAGUUUUAAUCUGAUGCUUUGCAUUGUGGUUUCUAUUAUGUCAAUCCAUCCAAAAAUUCAGGAACACCAGCCUCGUUCUGGCCUCCUGCAGUCCUCUGUCAUCACCCUCUACACCAUGUACCUCACAUGGUCAGCCAUGUCCAAUGAACCUGAUCAUUCCUGCAACCCUGGCCUAUUGAGCAUCAUUAUGCACAUGACCUCACCAACCUUGGCUCCUGCAAAUGCAACUGCUCUUGCCCCUACUCCUGCUGCACCGUCGCAGAGUGGGCCUUCUCUGAAUAAAGAGAACUUUAUUGGGCUGGUCGUCUUCGUUCUCUCCCUUUUGUAUUCUAGCAUCCGCAAUGCCAGCAAUAGCCAAGUAAGUAAGCUGACCCUGUCAGGAAGUGACAGCGUGAUCCUCCGUGAUACGACUGCCAACGGCGCCAGCGAUGAGGAAGAUGGACGGCCUCGGCGGGCUGUGGACAACGAACGAGAGGGCGUGCAGUACAACUACUCCAUAUUCCACCUCAUGCUCUGCUCGGCUUCCUUGUACAUCAUGUUGACCCUGACCAACUGGUACAGCCCUGAUGCAAACUUCCAGACCAUGACCAGCAAGUGGCCAGCUGUGUGGGUCAAGAUCAGUUCCAGCUGGGUCUGCCUCCUCCUCUACGUCUGGACCCUUGUGGCUCCGCUCGUCCUCACCAGUCGAGACUUCAGCUGAAGCUCUAAGUGCCAAGGACACACUGAAAUUCAUAAAGGUCUCCUUUGCUGAAAGCUCACAUCCCUUUUACUUUUGCUUCAACUAAUAUAUUAAGCAAACUCUCUGCAAAUAAGACUAUAUCCAGGUUUAUAUCAGAGGGCAAGAGUGAAUGAUGCUUGAUGCAGGAUCAGAACUUUUCGUUUAUAUCUAUAUUAUGUUUAUUUGUAAGGAUAUAGAGUAAAAGGAACGUUUUGCCUUUUAAAGUGAACUACAGCUGUGCUGUGAAGAGAGUUCUUUAUUAAGACUUAUAGGUUCCUACAACUUUGAUUUAACAUGUAAGACAGAAAAAUGUUGGAUAUUUGAGGCCGUCGUUAAUAUAUUUCUAUUGCAAAAUCUUUAAAAAGCAUAGUAAUUGUAAUAAUGCAUUUCUAUGACAGUUUUCUUCUGUGAAAGUCUUGUGUGAAACAAGCUCUUUGUUCAGUCCUUAAACUCAUAGUGCUUGGGGAGAGGAGUACAUGUGUGGGUCUUGCCCCAGAAGAGGGGUUGCUGGUAUGGCUACUGUUUCUGUAUCUUGAGUUUUUUCAUUUACUUUCUUUUAUACUACAGUCUUGAUGCUGCUUGAUUUAAGCCUGUGGCUUUGCCAGAAAUGUUAAUUUCAAUUAAAUGCUUUGUAGGUUUGGUUAAA